CAGAGUCUGGCGCCAAUAACCGCACCCGCCAAAAUCUCCGUCCAUAUAAUCACAUCUCCAACCUCCCAAUCUCCAUCCCUCAUCCUCCUACAUCUCUCUUUCUCUCUCUACUCGAUUUGUUCUUCCGAAAUUACACAAUGAUGACUCCUGUGAAGAAAAGCUCCGCCAUUAGGCCUGUAGAGUUCUACGGAAACUCCCUUCCCCGUCCUCGUUUCUUCGACAACCCUAAGUUCAACUCUCACCGCGUUGAUCCGCCGCUUUCUGUGCUCGACCCGCUUCUCUCAUGGGCCAGAGAGGCCCACUGGUCCAUGGGUGGUCUCAACUUCAGGCGCCUCCGUCUCCAGGGCCGGAUCGAAGGAAACGUCGACAAGCUCCGUGCUCAACUCGAGAAAUCCACUCCGACGAAACUCGAAUCUGGAGAUUCCGACAAGAAGAAGAAGAGAUCUGAUUACGAUUACGAUUCUCCCCCUGCGGCUCCUGUUGCUGUGAAACGAAGAAGGUACAUAGAUCUGAACGCUGACGACGAUGACGAGGAGAUCGGAUCGGAAGAUGAAGGUGUGGCUAGGAUCAGGAGGAAACUCUCUGAUGAUUUCGAUAGAGUCGCUGGAGAGAGCAAGAUCGAAGUUGUUAAAGCUGGUAAGAAAUCAAUUGAAUCGGGUUCAGAGGGGAAGAGAUUGAAGGAGAAGAAGACCCAAAAGGUUGAAGAGACAAGUUCGCCGAGGACUUCUCCAAGAUUGGCCAAGCCUAGUUCGCGUUAGUGUUUUUUUUUAUUUAUUUAGCAUUGUCGAAGAUCUUUCUCUCUAGCCUUUAGAUGUAAGGGUACAGGUCAUGAAAUGAAACUUAGUUUUUGGAA